AGGGAAAUCUAUUGGUCUCUCUCGGUCUUGGUCAUCGCAUAAUAAAUCUUCACGGAAAAUUGUAAAGGGUGGAAGGGCACAGCGAGAACGAGAGCCGAGUAGUGAAACUCUCUCUCUCUAUUAGAAUCAGGCGAGAAAAGGGAAGAAAAUCCCCAGAGAAAAGCGUAAAAUCAGAGUGUUAAGAGGGAGAGCAGAUCUUCCAUGAAAAGAUACCUCUGAGAAGAUCCCACCUUCUGCUGUCCGUAUACUGGUAAAACCAAUACACAGCACAACCCAAUUGCUCCUCCGCCUUUCUGUAGAUUGAUUCCCAUUUCUCUCGUUCGUUCCCUCCCUUUUUCUCCUCCCCUUCUGUAAGUCCUCUCCUCUUUGCCAGGGAUAGUUGAAAGGGUUUUCUCAUUUUUUGUUUUUGUUCCCUAAGAGUAGAGAUAGAGAUAUAGAGAGAGGGCGGAGAUGUUUGGAGCGGCCACAGAAAGGUCUUCUUUCUGUUGCUUCCAUCCUGGAGUGUUGGCUGUCAAUGUGGGUCUUGCUUCUGUCGACUGCAUUCUCGCCUUCCUUGCAUUCUAUCAGGUGUUUCAUGUACUGGUUGGUUCUUCUAAUCUUGGAUACUUUCUUUAUUUCGCAACAAGUCCCAUAGCCUACCAUAACAAAUGGCUAUGCUGGUCAUACGCCUGUGGUUUUAUCCUCAUGGCCUUCUCCAAGAUUUUGUUUUUUGCGGCAUUUCUUCUGCUUUUGUCCUUCUGGGUGGACCUUUGUCAUCAGGCUGAUGAUGAGGAUUAUGAGGAGGAAGACUUCAGUUUCUAUGAACCUUUGUUGGAAAUGCCACCAGAGCACUCAGGCUCAAUGCACGGAGAAUCUCAGAGAGCAUGUUUACCAUUUCGCUCGAUCCGUGUUGGAAGUCGUCAAAGAGUUGUAAUUUUGGUCAUUGUUCUUGCAUUUGUUUUAACAAUGACAUGUGUGGCAUUAUUCUGGAUUGACAUGAGCAAUGGCUUUACUCAUUCAUCAUUAUUGGCCAUGGUCUAUGAAGAUAUAGCUGACGUGGUAAUGCUAUUGCUAGGUGGAGCGUUGGCUUGUUACGGCCUUAUACUGUACCUGAAAAUGAGGCGAGUGAGAUCAGAGAGAGCUGCCUCGGACAUAUGGAAGGUAGCAGGCUUGGCAGUUGUAGCUGUUAUAUGUUUCACCACCAGUGCUCUUGUUGCUUUUUUGGCUAAUAUUCCAGUUCGUUACAACUGGCAGCAACUUGACGGAAAUGGUCUUCUUACUUCUGUUUUAUUGAUUCUAUACUAUUUCAUAGGUUCUUCUGUACCCUCAGCAUUUCUGCUGUGGAUAAUGAGAGAACUACCACCACCUUUAGUGUCUAACGUACCUGAAGAAUCAAUGACAAUUACUUUUGUUAGUGAUAGUGCCGGAGUGACGCACAAUCCUCAGCGAUGGACUACCUCAGCAAGCUUGCAGAACCAGGUUUGCAUUCUCUGUAUGCACUUAACUAGCAUGCCUACAAGUUGUUUAUACAUGUGGUAGCUGUGGCCCUUAGGGUUAUAUAUAUUCACGACAACAACAACUAUUGUGUGUGCUUGAGGGUGACGCUUUAUUUUUGUUAGACAAAGUCUGACUAAUUUGCUUGAGCUGUCAAUUUCUUUUCCUUCUUCCAAACCCUGUGCUAGUGAAAGUAAAGCCCAUGGAUGAUGCAUGAUACCGAAAUGUUGAUUGAUUUGCCAGCGGGGUGAAAAGCAAGCAAUACUUUCUCCUGAAGCAAGACAGAGAUUGUCUGGAUCAAAAAGUUCGUCCUCCUCAUCAGAUCACAAAUUCUUGGACUGAAUCGAACGACCCUUUAUCACAGCCAGAAAAGAUGGAUAAAUCAACUUCUGCCCGUGCAUGUACUGCUUGGUGUUUGGUUUGCCUUCCAAGAAGAAUGUAUUUAGUUCUUGUCUUAACCUGUGUUCUUCCACGCCAAAAUUUGCCUGAUACAAAUAGGAAGGAUAUGGUUACUUGAGAUGAGAACUGUUAAACCAGGGCAGACGGAUGGGAUAACUGUUGGUUUUCGAGUGCAGGUAUCAAGAGCCAGUCCAAUAUAGUCGGAGGGGGGAAGGACUAACCUGAACUGUCUUGGUGACCGGAACUGGUGAAUUGUUCUAUGAAAGUUUGAACGGUGAAGUUCCAUUGAUGAUGACAACCGAAGAAGGGGAAAGAAAGGAGAUGAGGGGAAGAUUAACCCUAAGGUUUUGCCGGCCUACCAUUGCUUCUGACUUCUGUAUGUAAAUAACAGAAGGCUUUAACAUUUAUUUUUCACCUCUUUCUUGUUUCUCCCUCCUUCCUUCCCUCAUAGUCUCAUUAUCCUGGAUGAUCCAACCUAGCUUAACCUGACAUUCAGCUGCUAGCAUUUUCUAUAAUGCUUACAGGAUGCUUGUUAUGAUUCUUUUGAAGCAAAAAAAACUUAGAGAGAUGAUGGUGUAACUGAAUCUGGUGUUAAUUCUUUGCUUCUGCUCAGUAUGUUAUGAGAAUUUUGUUCUCAAGAGUUGAGUUAGCCCUUUAUUUCUAGCUCUGCAGCCUGCAGGAGACUUGUGUUGUGGUGGAUACAGUAUCCAAU